AUGUGCAAUGUUACAGGAAACAUAAUUGGUACGCGUCGAUUGCUCCUUGUCAAAACUCGGAAAUUUUCUCUACACUGCUCCUGCCGCCCAUCUCUUUCCAGGUUGAGUUGUAGAAAGGGAGAUUGUGAUAAUGUUGCCACAGGGGUGAAGAAGACGAUCACUGAUAAUCCAAAGAAGCUUGCCAACUUGAUUGACCUUGUAAAUCUUCCUUCCACGCUUAGAGAGUUUGUGGGUCAGUCUCAGAUUUCUCGUUUGGGCUGUUUCAUGCGCGUCUGGUCUUACAUCAAGACCAACAUCUUCAGGAUCCAAAUAAUAAGAACGUGGUUAAUUGUGAUAAAAGUUGAAGAGUAUUUUGAUGGGCAAACCGCAGUUGAACAGAUGAACUUCCUGCCCUGAUCAAACUGCAUUUCCGAAAGAGCCGAAAUAGAUG